AUGGCUGCCAACGGAGUCAACGGCCAUGCCGCCCACCCGCAGGGCACCUUCCUCUUCACCUCCGAGUCUGUCGGUGAGGGUCACCCCGACAAGAUCGCUGACCAGGUCUCGGAUGCCAUCCUUGACGCCUGUCUGGCCGAGGACCCUCUGUCCAAGGUCGCCUGUGAGACUGCCACCAAAACCGGCAUGAUCAUGGUCUUUGGUGAGAUCACCACCAAGGCGAACCUCGACUACCAGAAGGUCGUCCGCAAUGCCAUCAAGGACAUUGGCUACGACGACUCCGCCAAGGGCUUCGACUACAAGACCCUCAACCUGCUGGUGGCCAUCGAGCAGCAGUCCCCUGACAUCGCCCAGGGUCUGCACUACGAGAAGGCCCUCGAGGAGCUCGGUGCCGGUGACCAAGGUAUAAUGUUCGGCUAUGCCACCGACGAGACCCCUGAGCUGCACCCUCUCAGCCACCUGCUAGCCCACAAGCUGAACUCUGCCCUGUCCGUCGCCCGCCGUGACGGCUCCCUGCCAUGGCUCCGACCUGAUACUAAGACCCAGGUCACCGUCGAGUACCAGCACGACAACGGCGCCGUCAUCCCCAAGAGGGUCGACACCGUCGUCAUCUCCACCCAGCACUCCGAGGACAUCACGACAGAGCUGCUCCGCAAGGAGAUCACGGAGAAGAUCGUCAAGAAGGUCAUCCCCGCCAACCUUCUUGACGACAAGACCGUCUACCACAUCCAGCCAUCUGGCCUCUUCAUCAUCGGUGGUCCCCAGGGUGACGCCGGUCUGACCGGCCGUAAGAUCAUUGUCGACACCUACGGUGGCUGGGGUGCCCACGGUGGUGGUGCCUUCUCCGGCAAGGACUUCUCCAAGGUCGACCGUUCCGCCGCCUACCUGGCCCGUUGGGUUGCCAAGUCCCUGGUCGCCGCCGGCCUCGCCCGCCGCGCCCUGGUCCAGCUGUCUUACGCCAUUGGUGUUGCUGAGCCCCUGUCCGUCUUCGUCGACACCUACGGCACCUCCUCCAAGACCUCCGACGAGCUCGUCGAGAUCAUCCGCAAGAACUUCGACAUGCGCCCCGGUGUCAUCGUCAAGGAGCUCGACCUGGCACGGCCCAUCUACCUGCAGACGGCCAAGAACGGCCACUUUGGCACCAACCAGGACUUCAACUGGGAGAAGCCCAAGACUCUCAAGUUCUAG